AUGGCGCGAGACAGCCUCCUCCGUCACAUUUUCAAGCGUGGCCCCCUUUCCCUCAAGUACCGAAAACGCACACGCAGUGCUCCUUUCCGCAACAACGAAUCUGACGAGUCGCUAAUUCUCGAAAGACCUCACUACACGCGCAGACCAUCAUCAUGGCGCGACGAAAUACCAGACGACCACGACACUCGCAGGAUGCACAGAAACCAGGACACCUCAUAUGACUCGUAUUCUACCACGUCCGCCACAUCACCAACUACCUUCAGCUCCUCCGGUUCAAGCCUCACAAACACUUUGUUACUCGCGCAUCCAUGGAUUCACCGCCCCACCUCACCGCUGGCAAUCAGCACGCGCGACCUCUUCUUCGCCGUGGUGCAAGAAGCCGUCGCUGCCACAACUUUGCACAUGAACACUUUGGACAGGGCACUAGAGAUGCUGGAGACGAUGCAGGGACUCAGUGCGACGGUUGAUGUCUUGAGGGGAGAGAUGCAAGAGAAAAGAAAGGCGUGUGAGGUGGUGAGGAAAGAGUUGUUGCAGUUUGGUGAGGUAAUUCGAGCGUUGGGGCUUGUAGAGUAA